GUAAACCUUCACACCUUGAAACAAUAUGGCGGUCAGUGGAAGAUGACUUUAAAGUUGUGAAACUUUACAGUCCUCAGUCUCGUCGGUAUUUUGUGUAAUGAAUACUAUAAAUCCUUUGGCUAACCCUAAGGGUGUCAAACUUCUAUGUGAGCUGUGUCAGAAGCCAGCUUUUAAUCAGUGCCCAGAUUGCAGAGUAACGUACUAUUGUGCAUCGGAGCACCAGAAAGCUGACUGGCUGGGAAUCCACCAGAAAAUUUGUCAGUUACUGAUUCCAUUACGGACUCCCAUCCCAUUUCUUGGAUCUGAGGAAGAAAGGCAACAUAGAAAACAGCAACAAAUAGUCAGACAGAAACAAAUGAUUGAACUAUGUCGUACAGAAGGUCAGAAACUACUAUUUGAAGGUCAAUAUGACAGAGUGGUACCAGCUGCCUUGGAAUCUCUAAAGUUCUCCAUUGAAGUUUAUGGUUUGAGUAGCAUAGAACUUGUGCCAUCGUACCUCAUUCUUGGCGAAGCCAGUAUAGGCCUUGGUCGUUUUUCUCAAGCUGAGGAGUACUUGGCACAGGCCCAGUGGACAGUGCUUAAAACUCCAGAGUGUCCAGACAGCAUCAAAUCAAAACUCUUUAGAAACUUGGGGUUGCUGUAUGCUGCACAGGGCAACUAUCCAGAUGCUCUGUCACAAUUGGCUGAUGAUAUAUACCAUUCAUCAAGAGUACAUGGUACAGAUGACAUCAGAACAUCUGGUGGAUAUUUUCACAUGGCUAAUGUGUUCUACCGACAGAACAAGCUGGAUAUAGCGUUCUCUCUCUACAAUCAGGUCACAGAUAUCUGGUAUGAGCACCUUGGAAGAUUGGUGGGACAACGAACUAAGACUCCUGCAGAGCCCUCUGGGAUAGGACCAGCUUUUAACUCGGGUGUACCAACAGAUUUUGAUAUUUUAGAUGAAGCUCAAGAAGCAGAAGCUAUCCAGGUGAUUAAUGCCAUAUUAGACCUCCGAGAGCAACAAUCAGUCCAGACACCUGCAGUCAUGUGUAAAAUCUAUUUCACCACAGCCAUGUUACAGUUUAUCUUGGGUGAUAUGCCAAAAGUAAGUUAUCGCUCAUGAUGGAAAGCUUUACUCUUCCAUGUGUAGUAAUAAAAUGUAUGCAAAGGUAAAGUCUGCAUACGAGCCAAGUGGUCCAUCAGGCCGGAGUUUAUCCAAGUUUCAGUAGCAUGAAGCGACUAGGAGUAUUUGUACACACCUCUGGAUGGGAGGAUAGUCCAUCGCAGAGUUGCCCCCAGCAUUAAGUUCACUGAUACCCAUUUAUACGCCUGGAUGGAAAGUGUCUUGCCCAAGAACACAACACAAUGUCCCUGCCCAGGACUUGAACUUGGACAUCUCAAUCCGUAUUCAAGUGCACUAACCAUGAGGCCACUGCGCCUCCACAAUAACGAAAUGUGAAACUGAACACAGUAUACAUGCGUAUAGUAUAAUACUUAUCGCAUGUAUCUGUAGUGGAUUCCCGAGUUAUCAACAUUGUGGGAAUGCAACCCUGCGAGCAAUCUUUCUUGGAAGCUCUCUGAGUCCUUCAGACUUCUGCCAGAGAGCGUUCCCACAGGCUGUGGCAAUGCUUGUCAGAAGAUAUGAAAUGCCUUGUAAGUCAAUUUGUGCCAAACCCAAGUCCAGACUGUUUUCAGAGUCAUUUUCAUGAUAAAACAUGUUGAAACCUUUCUAAUAGCCUUUAUGCGCGUUGAGAUUAGGCUGCUUUAACUAAUUUCACUACCAAGCCUUGCUAUGAAAAUGCAAAUUGCAAAUUUUAUUAUGAAGAAAUUUCCAAAGCAGCAAAGAUGAAAACAAAACCUAUGUGAAAACAACACGUUCAAGGUGCCAGAGGCUUGAGAGAAUUUCAUGCAAACGGGGUUUGAGGGUGAAGUUUGUGCAUGUGAUGUAAUCAGGCAUAAGACCUAUUCAAAAGAAAUAGAAAACACUUCCACGUUCUCUUUGAGUGUGCCCAUUUGGCGGUAUAUGGGCUCUAUCCCCACCCCACCCCGUUUUGAGAAGUAAAAACUUCCAAACGGUCAUUUAAGGUGGCUGAAAAGAGUUUCCAGCACUUAGAUUUUGA